GAGCGAGAUGGAGUGAAGAGGCUUUGCUCCUGCAGUGGAGUGAAAUAGGCUAGACAGACAGACAGACAGACAGACAGGUUGUCUUCAAGACUACAUUUCAAUGUAGAUCUUCCAUCCAUCUUACCUCCCACCAAUAUAAUUACAUCUUCAUUCGACUGUGAACAAAAUUAUAAUUUCAUAAUCCAAGUGUAAGAACCCAACGUGGUCAGCUUAUAACUCCCUGUAUGUUAAUUAGAUAUGCACGGUGGUGGUGCGCGCAGGUCUGUUGCCCCCUUUUGUCUGUGAAGAUCACUGCGUGACGGUAGCACGCAUCGUCGAGGCAGCCAUAUGCCAACCUCCUCCACUCACUUCAAGAUCAAGGCAUCAUUAUCAAAUACACAGCAUCAAGUUUUUGACUGCAUAUUCCAAUUUUUCUCGGGAUAUCCUUUUCACCACAAGACAGGUGCUAUCUUCACUGUCAACGAUGUCUACGAAAGACCACCCUCUAUGCUGGUGUAAUAUGUACCAAGUUUUACUACUAACUUUUGCAGCCAUCUUGUUCUCGUGUACAUUCGUUGCCUCUUCACCCGACGGUGCCAAAUCAAAAUCGAAAUUCCACGAUCCGGAUGUUGUCAGAAAUAAAGAUCACGUUAAGGAACAUCUUGAUGAGUUGACAGGAUCCAGUAAACAAGAAAAGGAUAUGAACGACGAAGAACUAGAAUUUCAUUAUUUCAAGUUGCACGAUUUUGAUAACAACACUAAGUUAGAUGGUUUGGAGAUACUGGCUGCUAUUUCUCACGCCAUGGGAUACGAAGCAGAUAAGAGUAAAAACGCAGAAGCCGCUGCCGAAGAUAGGAAUAUAUAUUACGCAGCAAUGAUUGACCAAGUUUUAUCUGAAGAUGAUUUCAACAAUGACGGUUAUUUGACGUAUCUUGAGUACGUACUGGCAAGGAGACGAGAACAACGAAACACCGCAGAAGAAAAACCAAGUAAAAAAUAAUAAUAAUUGCACUCUCGCAGUAUUUUUGACCGCUUACUGGGGGCGUACGUAAAUCAAAUGCAUGUUGUGCAAAGAAAGUAAAACUAACCAUAGAACUAACUAACUCAAGUGCUGUUCACACUACACAAUUUUAACAGUGGUCCCUCGCUUAAUUUUAGCAUGGUUGUAAAGUGUAGCAAUAUUGUUUGACAAGAUUUCAGAGACUUUGGACAGUACACAUACAAUUUUCCUUUCACGAGAGGUACAUUUUGUAAAAUUUAAAACCAUGCUAAAAUUUAGCAAGGGACCCUUGCUGAAUGGCUCUCGUGUGAAAGGGACUUUAGAGAGUUUUGUGGUAACACCGGUAGUUAACCAAGAAAACAAUAUGCAGGCAGUCAAGAUAAAAAAUACACCUCAAACAAAAGUGCCAUUCACAUGGCAGCAAUUAAACAGGGGUCCCUAGCUUAAUCUUAGCAUGGUUGUAAUGUAGCCCUAUUUGUCUAAAUUUUCAAGAGAAAUUGAACAGUAGAAACAAAUGUUCAUCCUUUCACACGAGCUACAUUUUGUAAAACUUUACAACCAUGCUACGAUUUAGCAAAGGACCCUUGCUAAAUUGGUCUCGUGUGAAAGGGGCUAAAGGUGCAAUAGGAGAUUGUUGGGGAAUCUUUAAAUAGAUGGAAAUUUGCAUUAGGGUUAACAGAAUAUUGAUUUUGAUUCAUACCCAUAAACACCGAUGUGUGUUAGCACUACUCAGUACUUUCCCGAGCUCUGUGAAUAAAAUUUACAGGCAUGUUACUCG